AUGGGCUUCCUGGAAAAUGGAGAGUGUUGCUCUUUUUCCACAACACCUUCCCGUUUAGUGUUUUCUGGUACUCGCUUGGAUCCACCUCAGUCACAGUCCUGCCAAGUAAAUAAUGUAGGAAACCCCGCGGCCAAGCCUACUAGAAUUGGAAACGCUGGCACUGGCCAAUCCAACCAAACUCAGGUUCAAGGGGAGGAUCCUUACCCUACCGUUUUUGAAGAGCAGACCAUGGCCCCGCAAGGGCUGGCAAACGCCACCGCCGGUGAACUGGGCUACGGGUUCGACCCCUACACCGUUUGGCCACCGGCGGCCCUUUUGAACGCGGUUGACCCAGGGCUUCUCGCCGCAGCAGAGUCUGAUGAAGAACCAUCCAUGUCUCGAGUACAAUUUCUAACCGUGACGAACUCGAGUGGAACUACUGCGAGCCGCAUACCGACAGUCGGAAGGCCACAGAGAAAACCCUCUCGAUCACGGUCUUCCAGGACCAUUUCUUUUGGUACAACAGACUCGCUGAUUACAAACCUUCCGGCCAAGAAUAAAAAGACACAAAGCAAUGCGGCAGCUGGGUCGUCAGCGACAAAAUCUAACAGAUCCAAAAAGACGUCUCCGGGCGCCGAUGGCGAUGACGACGCCAAUCGUAAUACGGUGCUUGAGCGGAACAGGGUUGCAGCGCUUAAGUGCCGAAAAAAGAAAAAGGAACUCACCCGAGAUCUGAAGGAGCAGUGCGUCAAGCUCGAAACCACAAACCGCGAUCUCCAGACUGAAGCUCAGGGGUUGGUGGAUGAGUUGAACAGCAUGAAGAACCACGUGAUGGAUCACGCGGCCUGUAGGGAUCCCAGAAUUGACAAAUGGCUCGAGCUUGAAGCUCAACGUUUCGUUCGGGAAAGCAAGGAGCGCGCCAUGCGCGAGCAGGGUGGCAUGGGUGGUGGUUUGACCUAUGAGAAGCCCACGAAAUCGGUCGCGUCUAGAACGGCAACUGGAUCAUCGCAUCGAAACUCGUUAUCUGAGAGUAUUAUGGCAGCUUCGGGGCGAUCGAGGCAAGAAAGCGCAGGCUCGCCGAUACCGCCAGGGUGCCAGUAAUAUGUCGAUCUUCGCAUUCGAUAUCCGAAAAUGCAUGGGAUUCGCCCAUGAAGCUCUCGGUUUGCUACUGGCUCCGGUUAGACCUCCCCCAUAGCGUCCUUCAGUAUAACGGACCAUCUGGAAAACGAAAAAUGUUUGGAUCUCUUCUUUGGUAUGGAAAACACUGGUCGGUUGGAAUCUCCCAUAUGAAAGCGAAUCUGCCAUUUUGUGUGGCAGUCGAGUUCUCUUUCGACAGCGUUAGAGCGCUGCAUGCAACAAGGAUUAUAACCCUAAAGCCUAAAGGGGAGGCCAUCUCAGCGUUUGUCAUGUUUUUUUUUUGCUUUGCCUCAUUUUCCAUUCACCUUCUUGAGUGUUAAAAGGUGAAUCAUAUAUUAUAUAACUUACGAUGUCGUAUUGGAGGUGUCCCUCCGCGCUAAAAGCGCGUCGCACCUGCCCUAGUGGACACCCCCGUGCGCAAUGGCGUGCACAAACAGACGGUGCGGCAGACUGAUCACGCCUCUGCAGGAAUAUAAGUUGCCAGGGUUCGUCUGGUUGCUUGGCUUCGGGAUGGUGCUGCUCGGCCUAUACCUGGUGCUUUGGUUCGUUGCCGUCUGCGACACGUUGAGGGACUCAGGCAUCUGCCAUGCCAGCGGGCGUGGGCUGCCCAAAGAUCUUGACAACUGACAGUUGAAGAGGCGAGAUUUGAGAAGAGAAAACAUUUGUCAACAGACUCAAUUAGCUCACAAGUGAAUGAUUUGCCCAAUGCAAAUUGUCAUUUUUCUAGAAUUGAAAAAAAACUAGAAACUGUGAGUAUAUAGGCCUAGCUACCUGGUAACUAAGGAGCAUGGUUAAAGCUGGCCGGAAUGUCUUGGGUUAACAUCUCUGUACUUACGUCAUACCAAGUUUACAAUUUGAAUUGCAAAAAUCUUGCAUGUUUGGCUGCCUUGUGGGCUGGAAAGGAAGGGCCGCAAGAUUCGGUUCUCAGUAAACCUCCAUCGUAUAACUAGCAUUGCCAGCUGCGAGCAAGAAUUAAUCUUGUCAAACAAAAAUGAAAGAAUUGAGUCUAUAGUGGAAAAUAGGGAAUAAGAUUUGGGAAGGAUGUCUCCACAACAAAAUAACGUUGCACAAAAAGGUCGAGGGCCUGAAGGAUUUUUGAACAGUGAUCAGUAACGGGGGCUGCUCCGGCUCCGCGACUUUGACCAAGCACCGAGAAACCGGCGGUGACUCGUUCAGAUUUAAUACCAACCCUCGCUAAUCGGCCUGUUCCCUUCCUAGUUUCUGCACUUAUGC